AUGUGUUUUAUUACAGGAGCGUGUGGAGUCAUGGUGGGAUACCCUCUGGACACAGUAAAGGUCCGAAUCCAAACACAGAGGAACUACACCGGAAUCUGGCACUGUAUCCAUUCCACAUAUAAAAUGGAGAAAGUGUCAGGGUUUUUCAAAGGAAUGUCAAUGCCGAUUUCCACCGUCUCCAUCAGCUCUUCCAUCGUUUUCGGGGUGUACAGGAAUUUCCUUCACAACUUGUGCAAGCUGAAGUACGGAACAGCAAACAUCAAGCCCUCGAAGUUCGAUAUCUUCAUCUCGGGCUAUGCCGCCGGGGGAGUGCAGGUGUUAGUUUCAUCUCCAGCAGACAUGGCAAAAGUCCGGCUCCAGACGCAAGUGUCGCCCCACCAUUCCAGCACAUGUGCCCUCCUCGCCCGCCCCAAAUACACGGGUCCCGUACACUGCCUGCUCACCAUCGCCAAGGAGGAAGGAUUUUUUGGGUUGUAUAAGGGAGUCUUUGCUCUGAUGUUUCGAGACUGCCACUCGUUCGCAACCUACUUCCUGUCCUAUGCCGUGUUCCGGGAGUGGUUUGUUCCGGUUGAUCAAGGUAAUACAGAAUUCAUGGGCGUCCUGCUGGCCGGCGGUCUUGCCGGGGUGGUAGCGUGGGGUAUCGCCACUCCGAUGGAUGUGAUUAAGGCUCGGCUGCAGGUGGACGGAAUGACACAGCAGAGGUACCGGGGGGUCAUCCACUGCGUCACUGAGAGCGUCAGGACGGAAGGGUUCAGCGUUCUCUUCAAAGGACUCUCACUGAACUGUCUCAGAGCCUUUCCUGUGAACAUGGUGGUCUUCCUCGCCUACGAAGCCGUCUUGAAACAAAUAAAAGCUUUCCCGACAUGACGGGAGGCCGAGGAAGACCUGUCGAUGGUUCCCGCUGAAGCCGUAGAGUCUCUUCAUCGGUCGGAUCCAUGUG